AUGGAGGGAUUAUCGGUGUCAUCAACGAGCAUGUACAGUGGAUUAAAGGGACACUGGAGGAGGACUAAAGGGUACGAAAGGCUAAAUGGGUCGAAGAACAUGGCUGCGUAUAAGAGUAGAAGGUUUUGGAAGAUAAAUCUAAAACCAAAGAUGAAACUGAAACUGAAACUGAAACUGAAGAGAUUUUCACCAAAGAAAGUGCUAAUGAAUAUGCGCGACGCGUAUGUAAACAUGAUGAUGAAGGUUGCUAGUUCGUGGUGUUUGAGCAGUGGAAUCGGAGGACUUGACAAUGGAUUUGGGAUGAGGCAAUUGAAAGAGUAUGAUCAGAAGGUGCUUGUAGAGUUUUACAAGUCCAUGAUUGUUGCUCGAGGACAGUUAGUCCCUCGUCAUGGUGCUGGUGUUGGUGUUGGUGUUGGUGAUGCAAAAUUUGACACACAGAUCGUGUGCCAAAGGUAA